UCCUCAGAAUAACUCCAGGUCUGGAGGCCCCCCCUACCCCUCCCACUAAAUCAGCAGGGAGUGUCAGGACUGUGACUAGUCUGGAUAAAGCUGGUGAUGCAGAAUCCAAAAUCAGUAAUGGUGCAGAUAAAAAGAAGACUGGGGAGUUCAAAAGCGAAAGCAACAAAGGCACAGAUAAUCAGCCAAAAGUCAGGAAGAAAGCGGCAGAAGUGAAACCCGUAAAAAAGACAAAAACAUCAGCCAACCAGAAUACUUCAAAGAGUGGAUCAAGCACCAAGAGUUCACCAGUGUCCCCCUCAGGCCAAAAGUCAGAAGGCAAAGGAGAAAAAGAGAUGAAGUACAUCCCAGUCACUCCAGACAGCAAGAAAAUCAUGAAGAUAGCGGAUUUAAGUGCCCUUGGCAUGAGCCCAAACACGCCAGCUAUUAACAAGAGGAACAGCAAAGGAGAAACUCCCCUUCAUGUAGCAUGUAUUAAGGGUGAUGCUGUAAAGGUUCAGAGUUUACUGUCAGAGGGAGCCAACCCAAACACUAAGGACAAUGCUGGAUGGACUCCAUUGCAUGAAGCCUGUAGCCAUGGAUUCUUGGAAAUUGCUAAAAUUUUGCUACAGCAUGGAGCAAUUGUUGAUGUUCCAGGAGGAAACAAUGAAAUUCCACUGCAUGAUGCUGUGACACAGGGCAUGGUUGAGGUGAUUAAGCUUCUGCGCUCAUGGGGUGCAAGUGAUACAGCAAGAAAUCUACAUGGGCACACCCCAAGGUCCUUAGCUAAUGUAUGCAAUGGAGCUGAGGAACUUCUGUGUGCCCUGGACACCCCUGUGGAUGAGUCUCUGAAGAGACCCCUUUUGCAGUUGCCUUUGCAAGAGAAGGUUGUUCUGUUGGGGUCAGGAUUAUCAUCUGCCCAGGCAAAGAACUUUGAACGUUUUUCAAAGCUGCUAAGAGCAAGGGUCAUCCUGGAUUUUAGCUCUGAUGUAACCCAUGUUAUUGCUGAAUGUAUCCAGGAUCAAGCAGUGUGCCAGCGUACCCUUAAAUACAUGAUGGCAGUGGCGUCUGGCAAGUGGAUUCUCUCACACAGAUGGAUGGAAGAUUGCAUUACACAAGAUUUGGUAUUAAAUCCAGAACGGUAUGAAGUGUCUGGAUCAAACCACAAUGCUAGCAGCAAUGCUCCUAAGCAAGCAAGAACUAAUGCAGCCAAAAUGAGACCUGGUUUAUUCAAUGGUUGCCACAUGUUUCUGUGGGGGAACUUCAGGGAACCGAAUCCAAGCAAGAAGGAAGUGGAGGGCCUGAUCAAAGCUGGCGGGGGAGUGAUACUUGCCAGAGAACCAAAUCCAGAAUCAAUACCAGAAAAAGAGCAAACAGUGCCAUAUCACAGUACUCCAGAUGGCCCUCUAGCAACCUGUUCUCAUUAUAUAAUCUACCAAGAAGGCAGUGUGGAACCCCAGUUAAAGUAUGAUAUGACACACAUAAAGUCCCUUCCUCUGUCGUGGCUCAUUGACUGUGUUGACCACUUCCAGCUGGUUACACCUUAUAAAUAAUUUAUCUUUUCUUCUCUCUUCUCUUUUUUUCUUUGUCCUUUUCCUCUUCCUGAGCCAUGUUUGUCUGUGCCAAAUGUUUCAUGGCCAUCAAUGAUGAUUUCCACAUUAAUCUUUCUGGACUCGAUAUCAAAUACGAAAUCAGCUUCUAAUAGUCUUUUUAUUGUCUUUGAAGUCACACUUCUGAUAUUGUUCCAUAUACAGUAGAUGCAGAUAGAUGCAUUGUACAUUGUAGUAAUAUUUUUAACAUUUAUCAUAAAAGAGGGAAUAGGAACUUUGAAUUUAGAAAAUUGUAUUUUAUUUCUUAUUCAAACUACUUUAGUAUUAGUUUGUAUAUUGUUAUUUUUUCACUUAAUCUUCCACUAUUGUAUAUAAAAAAAUAAAUAUUUUCAAACUGUAUAAACUCAAAUAUACAUAAAAUAAUAGAAAUUUAUCUUUUUUCUUGUGAACAGAGAAACUCUGUACUAAAAGAUUUCUAAGAGUAGAUGUACAAUGAGGGGAAUGGUAUGAGCUUUAUAUUUACCCCUUUCAAGACAUUCUUCGACUACUAAAUAGUCUUCAUCACUAGAAUGAGGCUAUAUGGAAACUGCAUGAUAAACUAUAUGUAAAUUAAUAUUAAUCUUAUGUCUUUUAGUAUUGUUAUUGCACUUGUGAUGCAUCAGUAUUUAACAGAGAACAAGAUUAGCUGGAAAUUUAUACUAUAUUUUUAAGUAUUAAAUUACAUUAUGAAA